AGCCUCGGCGCCUCGGCGCGGCAGCGGCAGCUGCUAAACCUGUGCCACUUGCACAACUUCGCCGGCUUCGAGCAUCCUCCCGCCGGGGCGCGGGGGCUUGUUCCCCCGUUCCUGCCUUUUCGCGUCCGCCUUUUUGGAAGCGGGGGUGACCGAAGUGCUUCUCCUCCGCAUGAUGCUCAAGAUGCUGCCGUUUAAGCUGCUGCUGGUGGCCGUGGUUCUGUGCUUCUUCGAGGGGGAUGCCAAGUUUGGGGAGAGCGGCGCCCGGAGGAGAAGGUGCCUCAACGGGACCCCGCCGAGGCGGCUGAAGAAGCGCGACCGGCGGGUGCUGUCCCCGGAGGCCCCGGGCGGCGGGGAGGCGAUGUGCCGCGGCCUCUACCCCCGCCUGUCCUGCUGCUCCCGCACUGACGCGCAGGGGCUGCUGCACGCCGAGGCGAAGAUACUUUCUGUUACCAACAACACAGAAUGUGCGAAGCUACUGGAGGAAAUCAAAUGUGCACACUGCUCACCUCACGCUCAGAUCCUAUUCCACUCACCUGAGAAAGGGGAAACACCUGAAAGAGAACUAACUCUUCCCUACCUGUGCAAAGACUAUUGUAAAGAAUUCUAUUAUACUUGCAGAGGUCACAUACCAGGUUUUCUCCAAACUACAGCUGAUGAGUUUUGCUUUUACUAUGCAAGAAAAGAUGGUGGUGUAUGCUUUCCAGAUUUUCCAAGAAAACAAGUGCGAGGGCCAGCUUCUAACUCCCUGGACCACAUGGAAGAAUAUGACAAAGAGGAAGAGAUCAGCAGAAAACACAAGCACAACUGCUUCUGUAUUCAGGAGGUUGUGAGUGGACUAAGGCAGCCUGUUGGAGCAGUACAUUGUGGGGAUGGAUCCCAUCGCCUCUUUAUUCUUGAGAAAGAAGGAUAUGUGAAGAUUUUCAGUCCUGAAGGAGACAUACUCAAGGAACCUUUUUUGGAUAUACACAAGCUUGUUCAAAGUGGAAUAAAGGGAGGAGAUGAAAGAGGACUCUUAAGCCUUGCAUUCCAUCCCAAUUACAAGAAAAAUGGAAAGCUGUAUGUGUCUUAUACCACCAACCAAGAACGGUGGGCUAUUGGACCUCAUGACCACAUCCUUAGGGUUGUAGAAUACACAGUAUCCAGGAAAAAUCCACACCAAGUUGAUAUGAGAACAGCAAGAGUGUUUUUGGAAGUAGCAGAACUACAUCGAAAACACCUAGGAGGACAGCUUCUAUUUGGCCCAGAUGGUUUCCUAUACAUUUUUCUUGGAGAUGGCAUGAUCACUCUAGAUGAUAUGGAGGAGAUGGAUGGUUUAAGUGAUUUUACAGGUUCUGUAUUGCGCCUCGACGUAAAUACUGACCUGUGCAAUGUCCCUUAUUCCAUACCACGGAGCAACCCACAUUUUAAUAGCACAAACCAACCUCCUGAGAUUUUUGCACAUGGACUCCACAAUCCAGGCCGAUGUGCUGUGGACCGCCACCCAACAGAUGUAAACAUCAAUUUAACUAUACUUUGCUCAGAUUCAAAUGGAAAGAACAGAUCUUCAGCAAGAAUCUUACAAAUAAUAAAGGGUAAAGACUAUGAAAGUGAGCCUUCACUUUUAGAAUUCAAACCAUUCAGCAGUGGAUCCUUGGUUGGUGGAUUUGUCUAUCGAGGCUGCCAGUCUGAAAGGCUCUAUGGAAGUUAUGUAUUUGGAGACCGCAAUGGAAAUUUUUUAACACUGCAACAGAAUCCUGCAACCAAACAGUGGCAAGAGAAACCCCUCUGUCUUGGCAACACUGGUUCAUGUAGAGGUUUCUUUUCAGGCCCUGUCUUGGGAUUUGGUGAAGAUGAAUUAGGUGAGAUUUACAUAUUGUCAAGCAGUAAAAGUAUGACACAGCCUCACAGCGGAAAACUCUACAAGAUCAUUGACCCGAAAAGGCCUUUAGUCCCUGAAGAAUGCAAAAGAACAGCUCAAUCUGCACAGAUACUGGUAUCUGAAUGCUCAAGGCAUUGUCGGAACGGGCACUGCACUCCCACAGGAAAAUGCUGCUGUAAUCAAGGCUGGGAAGGAGAGUUCUGCAGAACUGCAAAAUGUGACCCAGCCUGUCGACAUGGAGGUGUCUGUGUAAGGCCUAAUAAAUGCUUAUGUAAAAAAGGCUAUCUCGGCCCCCAGUGUGAACAAGUGGAUAGAAACAUCCGAAGAGUGACAAGGGCAGGUAUUCUUGAUCAGAUCCUAGACAUGACAUCCUAUUUGCUGGAUCUAACCAGCUAUAUUGUAUAG